GUUUUGCUUUUGCAUCCGCUGAGAGCGAAAAUUAUGACAAGCGUAUUGUACAUCCCUAAUUAAAAAAAUUAUUCCAUUGAAAGACAUUUGCUCGACCUUUUGUCUUUCACAUCCUCACUCGGUUCAAAAGUUAUGGUUAAAUAUUUUUGAAACAAGAAUUCAUCUUCCUGAAAAUUUGAUAGAUUCUUUUGGUUCUGUAAUAGAUUGUUAUUAAACAGCACCAAAAUUAUGUCUGCUGCCAAGAAGAUUGUUACGAUUCUUCAUUUUAAUGAUGUUUAUAAUGUUGAGGAACAACAGCAAGAACCUGUGGCUGGAGCUACUAGAUUUUGUACUGCUUUGAAGAGUUUCAAUCAUCUAGAUCCACUUGUACUUUUCAGUGGAGAUAUCCUUGCACCAUCAAUUAUGAGCACAUUUACAAAAGGUGAGCAAAUGAUACCUGUGCUAGAAGCUUUUGGUGUUCAUUGUGCAUGUUAUGGAAACCAUGAUUUUGAUUUUGGCGUUGAUAAUCUCAUGGAUUUUGCUCGGAGGACACCAUUCCCAUGGCUUAUAAGCAAUGUAUUAGAUAAUGGUACAUCUGCACCUUUAGCUGAUGGCAAAGUGACAUGCGUUAUGGAUAGAAAUGGAAUAAAGUUUGGAAUUAUUGGCCUAGUUGAAGAAGAAUGGUUGGCUACUCUUGCUACUAUUGAUCCUGAAGAUGUUACAUACAUUGAUUUUGUUACCGAAGGUAGAAAACUUGCCAAACAAUUAAAGGACAAGGUUGGUGUGGAUUAUGUAAUUGCUUUAACCCAUAUGAGAACACCAAAUGACUGCCGUCUAGCUGAAAAUGUUGAUGAAAUAGAUCUUAUUUUAGGAGGACAUGAUCAUGUUUAUGAAAUAAAAAAGGUCAAUGGAAAAUACAUUAUUAAAAGUGGUACUGAUUUUAGAGAAUUUUCAAAAAUCACAUUAGAUUUUAAUUUGAAUCCUGUUCAGAUUGAUAUUGAAAAAAUUGAGGUUACUUCAAAAUUUGCUGAGGAUGAAGGAUUGAAAAAUCAGCUCUCUGUUUAUCAAGAUAUUGUUGCUGGAAAAAUGGAUGAAGUUUUAGGUCAUUUUUCUGUGGAUUUAGAUGCUCGUUUUUCUAGUAUAAGAACUCAAGAAACUAAUAUAGGUAAUUUUAUAUGUGAUGUGAUGUUAGCAUCAACUCAUGCUGAUUUGGCUAUAUUGAACUCUGGAACUUUGAGAGCUGAUCGGAUCAUUCCUAAAGGAGAAUUCACUCUUAGGGAUUUAGUUAAUCUUCUGCCAAUGAUGGAUCCUAUGGUUGUUUUGAAUGCUCCUGGUGAACAAAUUUAUCUUGCUUUAGAGAAUGGUGUUUCACAGUAUCCCAAAUUAGAGGGACGAUUUCCCCAAGUUUCUGGGGUCAGUUUUGCAUUUGAUCCGAAAAAACCUCCUGGCUGUCGUGUAGAUCCUCAUUACAUAAAAAUUGGUGAUGAAUAUUUAGACAUGAAUCAGAAAUACCGUUUUUCUACUAAAAUGUAUAUGUAUCAAGGCAGAGAUGGUUAUGAUAUGUUUAAAGAAUGUGAACUUUUGUUAUCUGAAGAGGAAAGCCCAGAAUUACGCACAGCUGUACAGAAUCAUUUUGAAGCAAUCAAAGUAGUCACUGGAGCUGUUCAUCAUAAAAGUAGGCACAGGCAAAGCUUGGUAUGCCUAUCUCGCAGACAUAGUGUUGUAAAAAUGUUCGAAGAAAGCAGUGUGCCAUCCGCCCGAGCUCCUUUGAAAAGAGGAUUUAGUUUAGAUGCUGUAGCUAAAAGAAACCUUUUCAAGUUGCAGCAAGAUAAGACAUCUAUUGAUAAAGUGGAACAUGAACAAUGUAGGCUGGAACCUAAGACUGAAGGAAGAAUUAUGAUAUUAACAGAUAUGGUCAAAGAGCAACUAGAAAAGAAAAGACAAGAGUUUAUAGGACUUACUGUUGAUCCUGUGAUAGAAGAAGACGAAGAUGAAAAUUAACAAUCGAAGCAUUAUUUCUUAAUAUACUGCUUUUAUGUUAUCUUAAAAAAUAUAUAUCUAAAAUGCAUAUAACUAAUUAUAUGUUUAAAAUUUGAACAUAAUAGAAUGUCUUUUUCCACAAGUUCUUGAAACAAAAUGGAAAACUUAAUUUAAAAUGAAAAUCUUUAAUAUUUGUUGUUACAAAAAUCAUUUUCACGAAUUAGAAAUGAAAUUGAUGUUUUGCUUAAAUGUCUAGUUUGAAUAGUUCUAUAAAGCUCAUUCCAAGCAUUUUCUUUUCUUUUUUUUUUUGUAUAAAUGUUUCUAAAAUUAAAAGAGAAAAAAAAGUAUUUGUUGUAGAAUUAGGAGUGGAGUAUUUUUAUUUACCAUUGAAAAUAGCUUUGUUGUCAUUGAAAACAGAUCUUUUUAUAAUGAAAGGAUUGCAAAUGUGCCACUUUGAUUUUUAUUUUAAACCAAUGUUGGUACUUUUUUUCACUAUUCUUAGGUAGUGUUACAGUAAAAUUAGUUCCAAUUUUUUCCUGUUGUUUCUCCAUUUUUUUUAUUAAUUCGCUAAGUCUUGUUAGUUUUCAUUUGCAAAAAGAUAUUGUCAAUUGCAGAAAAUUAGUAAAUUUCAGAACUUUUGUAAAAGGUAAAAUUAUUUGUAUUCUUGACUUUUUUAUUAUUUUA